AUGGGCUGUAACAUGUGUGUGGUCAAACGUCAGGAGGAGCAGUACAAGAUCAUGUUCCAGCAGAAAGGCUGGACUAACUCCCUGCGGCCGAUGGACAGACAUGGAAGCACAAAGGUCCGAGGUCGCAGAUCAUCUCAGCCACCGCUGGACCGACAGACACAGAACUCCCAGGAGCCUUUGCAGCAGCCUGGGUCUGUCCGUAAGAGUCACAGAAGGAAAGGUACGUUGGUUUGCAGCGGGAACGGAACCGCCAGUAGCUCCAUCUACUCCGUUGCCAUGGUAGCGAUCCCAGACUGCGUGGAUAACGCCACGCAGACGGACAUCAGCUUCCAGAACAUCAUGACUGUUGGGAGGAGCAGAGGUCACCACCACCAUCACCACCCCCCUCCUCCACCUCCCUCUCCCCCUCUCCCUCACCUGGUGGGACCGUACGGGAUCAGCGAGUUCUGCGUGUUUGAGUACAACGACCCUGAUGACUACUUCGAUGUGACGAACCACGAGGUGGACAGACAGGACCACCUGGAGUACGAGGAGGUGGAGCUGUACAAAUCCAGUCAGCAGGAGAAGCUCGGUCUGACCGUCUGCUAUCGGACAGAUGACGAGGAAGACCUGGGAAUUUAUGUUGGCGAGGUCAAUCCAAACAGCAUAGCAGCAAAGAACGGACGAAUCAGAGAGGGCGACCGGAUACUACAGAUUAAUGGCGUGGAUAUCCAGAACCGAGAGGAGGCGGUGGCCAUUUUGACCCGAGAGGACAGCACCAACUUCUCCCUGCUGCUGGCCCGGCCUGAUAUAGAGGAUGAGCAGCUUCCUGCUGAUCCGGAGGAGGACAUGGAGCUGACUCUGGAGGGAGGAGCCUUCCACCCAAACCCCCGAGCCUCCAUCACCUCCUCUCAGCUGGCUGGGUAUUAUCGCCUCUGCCAAGGAGGAGGUGGAGGGGGAGGAGACACAGCAGGCGCUGAGGUAGAAGAGGAGGAGGAAGACGGUGAUGAAGGGGAGAGAGGAGAGAAGGAGGAGCCUCCUGUGCCCCUCCCUCCUCUGCUUGGCCUCCCUCCACUGCUCUCUAACAGUCAAGAGCUGGACAGCGGUGUGGGUCGCACCGAUGACAGCACCCGCUACGAGGAGUCAUCUGAGCACGACCUGUUGGGCGACCAGACCAGCGCCUGUAACACCAACACCACCAACACACCAGGCAGCACCCGCAAGUUCAGGGCCGCACCCAGUCCCAGGCCGAGUCCUAGACCCAGCCCCGGCCUUGGUCCCAGUCCAGGACAUGGCAGAGGAGACACCACCCCACCUUUCCACCACCUCAGAGAUCUCCAACUGAGCUCAGACUCCCUCCUAGGCACGGACUGGACGGCUGCUGGUGGAAUGGGAGGAGCAGCGUACAGCCCCCACCACCACCACCACCACCAUCACAAGCACUUCCACGUCCAUCAGCAGCCGCCGUCGCUGACGAUGAUGAUGCCAGGGCUGACAGAAGAUGAGUGCCAGAGAUACCAGGAGCUUCUGGAGAUCAAGUGUCAGUACGAGAGACAGACAGAGAAACAGCAGAGAGACGCAAAACGAGAAGAUGGCGAAGUCAAGGAGAACGAUGGAGAGACAGCAGGGGCUGGGAUGGAAGGAGAGCAGACAGCUUCUUCUUCUCCAGUGGUAGACGUGAACUGCAACUCGACUCUGAGUGAACAUGAGAUGGCGCUGAUCGAGGAGGAGCUACGCCACCUGGAGUUCAAGUGCAGGAACAUCCUGAGAGCUCAGAAGAUGCAGCAGCUGAGAGAGAGAUGUCUGAAGGCCUGGAUGAUGGAGGAGGAGACGGUGGCAGGUGGCCCACCUGAAGAAGGUGUGGCUAACGACGAUGAUGAUGAUGACCCUCAUCAUCACGAGUUGUCGGCCAUCAACGAGCUCCCAGAGCGAGAACGAUCUGACGACAAAGACAGCACCAGCGCUUACAACACUGGAGGAGAGAGCUGCCGGAGCACGCCAUUGGUCAGCACGGAACAGAUCCCGCCUCUCCAGGAAGAGGAGGAUGAAGGAAGGAGACGGCUGAUGUCUCCACCUCCUUUUCUCCCCCUCAGUCGCCUCCCCCCUUUGAACUCCCCCCUCACCCCACGGCGUCAUGGGCGGGACCGAGACAGAGAGAGACGCCACUCCAACCUCAGCUGCACCUUCUCACCCAGCAGUUACAGGAAGUACGAAACAGCCAAUGGCAGCGUGGCACGUGGCUCAAGCUCCACCCCCUCAACACCCUCCAAGUUCAGGUCCCUGACCAGAGAGGCGGGUUCAUCUUCAAAAAGGGGUGUGGCUGAUGGAGGGCGGGGCUCCAGAUCAGGUGGAGCCCCCGACAGGUCUGGAGGUGUCAGUGCAGAGUCCAGUCCCUACUUUACCCGCAGACAUCACAGUCGCAGUAAACCAUUGGAGCGCUAUCAGAGCUGUAUGACACUGCCUUCUGAGGGGCUGGUUGAUCCUCUGGACCGGGUCAGAGACGGAGCCAGGGCAGAGGGGGACGAGAGAGGGCGGGGCACGGGGAGCAGCGGCCCAGCCAGUCCCAGGAGUGUCAACAGUGCCCCCUGUGGUCUGGAGGAUCACCAUGCCUCCCGGUUAGGACUGGCGUUACCGCUCGGACUGACGCAGUCAUCACCGACUGCAUCACCUCAGCGCAUGGAGUGGAAGGUAAAGAUCCGCAGUGAUGGCACUCGCUAUGUGGCCAAACGGCCGGUGAGGGACCGCCUCCUAAAGGCUAGAGCGAUGAAGAUCAGAGAGGAACGCAGCGGCAUGACGACAGAUGAUGAUGCUGCCAGUGAGAUGAAGCAGGGCCGAUACUGGAGCAAAGAGGAGAGGAAGCAGCAGCUGCUGAGAGCUAGAGAGUACCGACGGAGACGAGAGUUCAUGAUGCAGAGCCGCCUCGACUACCUCAAAGGAGAAAGGGACUCUUCAUCGUUGACUGGAGGAGGUGAUGAUCCCCACUCAUCCCAUAGCACUCAUCUUCAACCCCAACAGGAUUCUCCCUGCAACAACAUCCUGUUACUGAGCCAGAAGAAGAUCAUGAAGAAGAGGAACCGACGAAUUCUUGACAACUGGAUCACCAUCCAGGAGCUGCUGGCUCACGGCUCCAGAUCACCAGAUGGGAAGAAAAUCUACAACCCUCUGCUGUCUGUGACCACGGUGUGA